UUUGGGAAUCCUGACCGGUGUGGCUGCGCUUGUGCACCAUCAGCACGUUGGGGCCGAUGCACAGCAUCCCGCAGAUGUCGCACUGCAGUUUCCCGUUGGGAAGGCGAAUCCCGGGCGGAUCCGGGAACGGCUCCGGGGGCGAAUCCUCGGCGGCUCCGCGGCUCCGGGAAUCCUCGUCCGACGACAUCUCCACCUUGAUGGAGCCGCCUGUGCCGGGAAACGACACCGGGAGAGAUCACACCCGGAAAAAUUACACCGGGAAACGACACCGGGAGAGAUCACACCCGGAAACAACACCGGGAAACGACACCGGGAAAGAUCACACCGGGAAAGAUCACACCGGGAAACGACACCGGGAAAGGACACCGGGAAAGAUCACACCCGGAAAAAUGACACCAGGAAACGACACCGGGAGAGAUCACACCAGGAAACAACACCGGGAAACGACACCGGGAAAGGACACCGGGAAAGAUCACACCGGGAAACAACACCGGGAAACGACACCGGGAGAGAUCACACCCGGAAAGAUCACACCGGGAAACGACACCGGGAAACAACACCGGGAAACAACACCGGGAAACAACAUCGGGAAACGACACCGGGAGAGAUCACACCCGGAAACAACACCGGGAAACAACACCGGGAAACAACACCGGGAAACAACACCGGGAACACCGGGAAACAACACCGGGAAAAAUCACACCCGGAAACAACACCGGGAAACGACACCGGGAAAGAUCACACCCGGAAAAAUUACACUGGGAAACAACAUCGGGAAAGAUCACACCCGGGGAAAAUCACACCGGGAAACGACACCGGGAAAAAUCACACCCAGGAAACAACACCGGGAAACAACACCGGGAAACAACACCGGGAAAAAUCACACCCGGAAACAACACCGGGAGAAAUCACACUGGGGAAAAUCACACCGGGAAACAACACCGGGAAACGACACCGGGAGAGAUCACACCAGGAAACAACACCGGGAAACAACACUGGGAAAAAAUUACACCGGGAAACAACACCGGGAAAAAUCACACCGGGAAAGAUCACACCGGGAAAGGACACCGGGAAAAAUCACACCGGGAAAGAUCACACCGGGAAACAACACCGGGAAACAACACCGGGAAAGAUCACACCCGGAAACAACACCGGGAAGCGACACCGGGAAACAACACUGGGAAACAACACCGGGAAACAACACCGGGAAAAAUCACACCCGGAAACAACACCGGGAGAAAUCACACUGGGGAAAAUCACACCGGGAAACAACACCGGGAAAGAUCAAACCGGGAAACAACACCGGGAAAGAUCACACCAGGAAACAACACCGGGAAAAAUUACACUGGGAAACAACACCGGGAAAGAUCACACCAGGAAACAACACCGGGAAACAACACCGGGAAAGAUCACACUGGGAAACAACACCGGGAAACAACACCGGGAAACAACACCGGGAAAAAUCACACCGGGAAAAAUUAAACUGGGAAAAAUGACACCGGGAAACAUCACACCGGGAAAGAUCACACCGGGAAAAAUUACA